CUGCUCGGGAGCGGCGCCAGAUCCGGGGCGCGGAGGCUGCGACCGUCCGGCGAGGGGCCCCUGCGCUGCCGCGCGGCCCGGGGUCGAGGCGGCGGCCGAUGAGCUCGGCGCCCUUCCACGCUGCCAGGUGCUGAAAGAGCCGCCCGGCCUGCCCCAUGGUGGGGUUCGGGGGCAACCGACGGGGCGGCCGCCUCCCUUCCUUCCUCUUCGCGGCGCUGCUGCUGGUCAUCGCGGCGCUGGCCUUCAACUCCUGGAGCUCGUCGUCCCGCCAGACGGUCCUGCAGGAGGAGGUGGCCGAGCUACAGGGCCAGGCCAAGCGGGGCGAUGUGGCCCGGGGCCGGCUGGAGAAGAGGAACUCUGAGCUGCUGCUGCAGGUGGAGGCCCACAAGAAGUCCCUGGAGCAGAGGGAGGCCGACCACAGCCAACUGAGCGGGCAGCUGCAGGCCAAGGACGGCCAGGUCCGCAAGUGUGAGGAUGGCAAGGUCAAACUUCAGAGCAACAUAUCAUACCAGAUGGCAGACAUACGUCGCUUAAAGGAACAACUUGCUGAAUUGCGUCAAGAAUUCUUACGGCAAGAGGACUAUCUUCAUGAAUACAAGAAAAACAAUACACAACUCCUUAAAAGAUUGGAGUAUGAAAGUUUUCAGUGUGGGCAACAAAUCAAGGAACUAAGAAUACAACAUGAAGAAGAUAUGAAAAAAAUGGAGGAACAAGUUAUGAAGGACCAGAAGCAGGCCACCCACAGGAGCCAAUUCACCAAAGACAUUGAGAGAGGAUUGAGUGAGAGUCCAAAAGUAGUGAAAACAACUCAAAAACUGAACGAAGUUAAGAAUGAAGCACCAUCGACCAACAAUAUAUCAGAUGGCAAAGAAAAGAUUAAACUCGGAGAUGACGCAGGCAUGCCUGGAAUAGAAGAGAAUGACCCUGCCAAAGGUGAAGAUACACUCACUGCUUUGAAGAAGCCACUUUUUUCAACAUCUCAAAAUCAGCAUCUGCCUGGUGGAAAUGUUUUCACAGAGAAAACCCGUACAGGUGCAAAUGAGGGUAAUACUGAUAUGGUAAACCAGGUGCCACCAAACUACCUUCAGCGGGCAAUUCCUGAUCACACAUUGGACAUUCCAAAACCCAAAAAACAGCUUGCAAAACAGACUUCCAAGGAGAGAGUCAACGACUUUCAGAGAAUGAAGCAAAGCCGGUUCUUUGAUGAGAACGAGACCCCUGUUGAUCCUCAGCAUGGAUCUAAACUGGCGGAUUAUAAUGGGGAUGAUGGGAACGUGGGUGAGUAUGAGGCAGACAAGCAGGCUGAGCUGGCCUACAAUGAGGAAGAGGAUGGUGAUGGUGGUGAAGAAGACGUCCAAGAUGAUGAGGAGAGGGAGCUCCAAAUGGAUCUGGUGGACUAUGGGAAACCACGCUUCAAUGAUGUCCUUUAAAGGCCUGAUGUCUUUCUUCUGAGAGAUGGCGCAUAAGACCCAGGAGGCCAGAGACAGUGCGCUGUUUGACCUGAAAGGUAACAUGCAGUGAUGUGCAUAUGGUGGGUUUCAGCCCUUUGCAAGUAAGAGAUGCUUUGUCCUAGAAGGUGAGCAGUGGAUAGUUACUGGACUGGGCUGUAAGACUGUUCCUUUUCUGUAAUUUUUGUGUUAAUAAUUAACAUUGCAAAAUAAUUUUACAUGUUUCUGAAAUAAAGUGAACGUGUACAGUUUGUAUCACAUACAUAGUCAUGACUUCAUUGCAGAAAAAAAUAUAUAGAUGGAACAUUGAAGCAGCAAUGCAUUGAAUUCAUGCAAGCAAAUUGUUUUCUCUUGUCUUGUGACUUGUAUUAUAUGAUAACAAUUCAUUUUGAAAAAAUAAGACUGAAAAUAUAUGAUAGGUGUUUAUGAAGGAAUUUUGUUUAACACAACUCUGCAAGGUCUGUGUGGCAGUGACACUAUACGGGAAGUUCGUCCUAGGAGAGUGACUGAUGUUACCCAUAGCAAAUGUUUUGCAAACUAUUCUCAUUUUAUAUAUAAAUAUAUUUUAUUAGGCUCUAAAUCAACAAACAGUAUUUUGAGCAUUCGAAAGCUAGUCUGCUAACUCACGUUUUUCUUUACAGCAGUGGCCUUUGAUUGUAUGCAAUGAUAGAUUAAUUUAUUUAAACUUGCUUAAAACUGUCACCUUGCAUCUUUUAAAUUUGUUCUCUCGAAACCUGUUGUAUCCAGCUCCUGAGUGAUGCUCAGUUCUUUUUAAGGAAAGUACUGCUGGAGAGAUUCUGCAUGAAAAUGGGAAAAGGGCCCAGAGGCAUGCAUGUACAGCCAAGGGCAUCUUCCGUCUCCUGGGUAGGGGAGGGCCAGAUGCAGCGAGUACUUUUGGACGUUCAGAGCAACGGUCACGUCCUGACAGUGACAGGCUAUUAACCCAGACAAUUUUAUCAGCAAGGGCUACUGGGAAUAAAACCUUUAAGCCCUCCAUGAACAGGGUUGAUCUUUCACUACAGAUCGUUCUUACUUAAUGACAGUGGUUGGGAGUGGAAAUUCCUAAUGCCGUUGCUAAGCAAGUCAUAAAGUGUAAUGUGACAUGAACAUGCUACUUAGGUUGGCAGCUUCAACAUUUCAGGCUGCCAUUGUUAAAUGAAUUCUGUGGUGGUGUUAAUUGCAAUCCACAUGGUUGCCCCUUGUACCCUCCUACUGCUUUCCCAAUUGACUGCGAUUGUCGGAAGCAAGCAGUGAAGACCACAAAUAGUAAUUAAUUUUUUUUUAAAAAAGUGACUGCAGAAACAUGGGAUGCUGCAAAAUUAUAAUUGAGUCAGUUGCUGAACACCCAGAUCGAGAUCACACGACUGCAGGUGUGCUUUGACCAUUGUAAGUACAAGGACAGCUUGGCUCAGUGCUGUUGUAAAUUGAGUUACUGAAUGAGUGGUCAUUAAGCGAGGACCACCUGUAUUUCUGUGCUCAGGUUAAAGUUCAUUCUUGAUGAAUAAAGUCCAUUUGUGAUCAUUGCAUUACACUGAAUUUCAUUAGAAAAUCAUUCAUUUCUGACAAUUAAAAUAGAAGUCUCUACCUGGGAUUCUUUUGAGCCAUAAGACGAAAGCAGGGCCCCUCAAGGGGAAUUGUUCUGCCUGAAAUGUUUCUUUUUAUGCUGUAAAAAACUGCUGUGUUUACACAUAAAUAUAAGGCUGAAUCUGCAGCCCUGUCCUGUUCUUCCUACCCCUCACUCCCCAGUCUGUCUUUAUGUUGCAACUGUUGAACUGACAAGACUAUUUCCAAAGCUAGGUGUAAUUUUGUAAAGAAUCUGCUGUUGAAAUUGAACAUUUAAUAGAGUUUAAUAAAAGCUUAAUAUAGCUUC